AUGACGCAAGCCGACCGAAUUUUCCACACCACCCUGCGAUGGCUGCUCGUUCUCCUCAUCGGCACAUGCACUGGCCUCCUGGCCUUUCUUGUUAACAUCUCAGUCGAAGCCAUUGGCGGUGCCAAGUUUGGCCUCGUGUUCUCGCACAUCAAAGGCCAGAACUUCCUAGGAGGCUUUCUGGUGCUGGCAGCGACAAACCUGGGCCUUGUACUCGUUUCAACGUGCCUCUGUAACGGGAUAGCGAUGGAGGCAGUGGGCUCCGGUAUUCCCGAGGUGAAGGGGUAUCUGAACGGCGUCAGCACACCUGCUGUGCUCUCCGCCAAGACUCUGCUUGUCAAGGUGAUAGUUAUUCCCUCUAUAUUCGGUUAUAGGUCAGGUAUUCCCGAGGUAAAUGGGUACCUGAAUGGAGUCAGCACACCUGCUGUCCUCUCCGCUAAGACCCUGAUUGUCAAGGUGAUAGUUAUGUCCUUCACUAUAUUCGGUUAUAGGUCAGGUAUUCCCGAGGUGAAGGGGUAUCUGAACGGCGUCUGCACGCCUGCUGUGCUCUCCGCCAAGACGCUUUUUGUCAAGCUAUGCUAUGCAUUCCCCUUCUCCCGCCAGGCGCUGGGCAGCAUAGCAGCCGUGGCAGGAGGGCUAGCGGUGGGAAAGGAGGGGCCUCUGGUGCACUGUGGGGCCUGCAUCGCCAGCAUCCUGGGCCGUCUCAGCCAUCGGAUCUCCGCCCGCCGCGAUCUCAGCCGUCCGCGCAAGCCACGGAUCCAGGCAGCUAGCUCCUUCGCCUCUUUGGGAUUGUUCAAUCACGGGUCGAUCAAGGCUUUAAGGACUCCUGUGUGGGUGCACAGCGACAGGGGUUUAAGGGACCUGGUGACGUGUGGUGCUGCCUCGGGUGUGGCCGCGGCCUUCCUUGCUCCCGUGGGCGGUGUGCUGUUCGCCCUCGAGCAGGUCACCUCCUGGUGGCGCAACUCCCUCAUCUGGCGAAUCUUCUUCACCAAUGCAGUUGUAGCCAUGGUUCUCCGAGCCUGCAUCUCCCUGUGCGAGGGCGACAGGUGCGGCGGCAGCUUCGGGUCCCGAGGCUUCAUCCUGUUCGACCGAAGCAAGUCCCGAACCGACUUUGGGCUGCUGGAGGUGGUGCCGGUUGCUCUGCUGGGGGUCGUUGGGGGCUUGCUGGGUGGCUUAUUCAACCAUCUGAAUGUGAAGCUGUGUGCUUACCGGAAGAGCAAACUGCAGAGGCACGGAUCAUGGGCGAGGGUGCUAGAGGUUCUCCUCACCUCCCUCCUCACCUCGGCCCUUCGCUUCUACGGCCCCUUUCUAGCCUCCUGCCUGCCGUGCCCUCAAGACCCGGAUGGUGGAGGGGACUUGUCGCAAGGUUCUUUCAACUGCCCGAGUGUUGUCGGAACGGGCGACCACAAGGCUUUCGCCUGCCCGGACGGGCAAUAUAACGAUCUUGCGAGCUUGGUGUUUACGACGAACGACGAUGCGAUUGGAAACCUUUUCCGCACGGGAUCAUUUGGAAUUUUCACCUACUCGUCUCUUCUCCUGUCUUUCGCAAUCUACUUUGCCCUUGCCACGCUCACAUACGGCACAGCAGUCCCGGCGGGUCUCUUCGUCCCCUCCAUCCUCUGCGGUGCUUCCUACGGCCGAAUGGCCGGCAUGCUCAUGGUAACCCUAUUCGGCCCACACCGGGUGGGAGAGGGCACCUACGCGCUCCUCGGCGCCGCAUCUUUUUUGGGCGGCUCCAUGCGCAUGACCGUUUCGCUCUCGGUCAUCCUUCUCGAGCUCACGGGCAGCUUGAAACUUUUGCCGCUGGUGAUGGUGGUGCUGCUGGUGUCGAAAUCGGUGGGGGAUUUGUUCAACCGGAACAUUGAUGAUUCACAUGUGGACCUUAAGGGAAUCCCACAGCAAACAGCAGCAGCAGCAGCAGCAGCAGCAGCAGCAGCAGCAGCAGCAACAGCAACAGAAACAGCUGGUGAUAGGGAUGGGAUGCAGUUUUAG